AUGAAGGACCACAAUAUUAAAAUGAUCUCUUUAAAUAUAAGAUCCCUGAAUGAUAAACUAACUAUACUUAGGCAAGUCAUGAAAGACCAACAUUACGAUAUCCUCUUUUUACAGGAGACCCACCUUAAAGUAACUGAGGUAAGGAACCUCUUAGAUUACACCUUAUAUUGCAGCUCAAAUGCUGAACUCGUAUGGGCUGGGGUGGCGAUUAUGAUACAUAAUAAAUUAAUAAGAUUUGUAUGCUUCAACCCAAUCUCCAGCCGAAUAUGCUGCCUUACCUUAAACUUAGGAUACAAAAAAGUUCAUUUGUUUAAUAUAUAUGCGCUUCACAAUGAUAGUGUUUUCUAUAUGGAAUUGGAGAAUGUCUUAAAGGAACUACCGCAUCGGGAUGGCAUCAUUCUAGCAGGCGAUUUCAAUGCUUCGGUAGGUAAAUCUAAGAACUCUUCCUGCCUUGGAAACGCCACAUUAAUACAAAGUACGAACCCCAACGGUAAUAGGUUAAUAGAAAUCUGUGAGCUUUUCAACAUGAAAAUUGGAAAUACUUUCUUCAAUCAUCCAACUCAUCACAUCAUGACUUACAAGAGUCCUUCCUUUGGCACUACCUCACAGAUAGAUCUCUUUGUAAUUUCCACUAAGAUCUUUAAGUGGGUGAGAGACAUCAGAGUAAUCAGUAAACUAAACCUUACACUUUUUACGGACCAUUAUCCACUGGGUUGUAAACUCAAAAUUAACAACAGUAUCUUCCCAAACCACACUAGACAGAACAGUCUCACCACUGUAAAAUACAUAGCUAGAAAAGACUUGGCACAACUAAAUGACUUAGUUGUGAAAGAAGAGUUCGUCUCUAAAUUAACAUCAUGGAGAAAUACAGUAAAUGGCAUGAUAAACCCAAAUCUGACCUGGAAGGACAUUAAGCUGAAUUUAUUAGGUAGUAUAACAUCAUGCUUAAGACCACGCACCAAGCGCAGAGAGUGGCUCACCCCUUCAACAAUACAAAUAAUUAAGAAUCUUACAACAAAUAUAUCCCACCACCAAUUCGCAAGACAUCAUAGGAGGUACAUUACUAACCGCAUAAGGGCUGACAGACUGUUUAUUGCUAACUUAUCGAAUUCUAUCCAAUUCAAUUUUGAUAAUAAUAAUAUUUAUAAGGCUUUCCAAUCUCUUAAACUACUCACCACCUUUAAACCAAUCCUUUACCAAGACUACAAUUAA